AUGGCAGGUCGUGAAUUCACACUAUCCUUCGAUAUUACACCCCCAGCGGCUGCCCGGCCUGGUCUCCCCUUCACGAUGCCAGUAGUUCUUGCUGUGAAGCCCAUCGGGACACCUGCUCAAAAUGUGCAACAUCUGGUUGUGAGCGCCUCGCUCCGGGAUGAAGCCGGCACGGGAGCCGCUGUCGGCCUGAGCGGCAGUCUCACAGCAAGUGUGCGCAGUCGGACUGGCAAUACCAUGAGCGGAUAUGCAAAGCUCGGUCCGCUCACGAUCUCUCAGCCAGGCAAGUUUCGACUGCGAGUGAUGCUCAGCGCUGCCUCAGUGAACGGUGUCAUAACGAAGGAGUAUGUGGAUUCGACUGUCAUUCAUGUGCACGCCGGCGCGGCUGCCCAACGUCCAACUCCCACUCAGGUCGCGCGGCUUCACCAGCUCACUGCUGAAAAUUUGGACAUCUCUCCCGCUGACAUUGCUACUUGGCAGCGUGCAUGA